AUGAAGUACUCCACAUUCUUUGUCUUCGCCGUGGCCGGAGUCGGCAUCGCAGCCCCUUCGCCAAACUUCAACCUGGAACCCCGUCAACUUCCGACGACCGACGUUAGGCCCCCCGGAACUGACUGCAAGGUCAGUGGAAAGGUCGGAUUUACAGGCGCCUUGGAAUGUGAGGACGGCGAUGAAAAUUCCCCGGAUAACAGGAAAGUCGGAACUCUCUGCAAAUUCGGUGGUCGUAAGGGCGGUGUUGGUGGGUUUGCUUGCUUUGACAGCAAUAAGGCUACCAAGGCAACGAAGCCGGACAACAGGCCGCUCGGGACGGCCUGCAAGGUCAGUGGGAAGUCUGGCUCCCCGGACUGCGAUGAUGGCGACAAGAACUCUCCGGAUAAUCGACCCAGCGGCACUGCUUGCAGAGUCUCUGGAUUCAAGGAUUUCUCACGUGGUGGGGAGUGCGUUGACUAG